AUGCCUUCUUUCUUCAAGCGCAACAAGGCCUCUUCGUCGGAGAAGGACCCAGCACCGCCUGAGGCCCUUUCUCACGAUGUCCCAGACCUUCCUGCUGGCAUGUCACAGAGGCGCCCCGACCUGCCCGCAGGCGGCCGCAUGCCUAGGAAUCCCUCCAACCUCUCAUUUGGGAUGUUUGCGAACCAGACGACUGCUGAAGUCCGCAAACAACCACGACCAUUCAAGAGCUAUCGGCUGCGAGGAGAGCGCGAGCUGCCAUGGAAAGACGACCCACGGAUGAAGAAGACCAGAGUCGGCAACUGGAUCACAUCUACCUUUAUCAUCAUUGGACUGGGUCUCAGUGGAUACCUCAUGUACACGGGUGUUUUGAAGGCGAAAAUCCCCGCCCAAUGUCUAAUCAUGGAAGACCGAUUUGAAAAGAUUGACCCCGCAAACUGGGGCUACGAGAUCCAGACUGGUGGCUACGGCAACGGCGAGUUCGACUGGACGACCGAUGACCCCAAGAACAGCUAUGUCGAUGCCGAGGGUCUCCACAUUGUUCCCACGCUCACGACCGAGUCUACCAACAUUACUCCAGAGCAGAUUCUCAAUGGCUACACACUCAACAUCACCAAGGCCGGCGGCGAUGGUUCAUGCACGUCAACAGACUACAAGUCUUGCAGUAUCCGUUCUAAUGCGACUACUGGCGCUACUAUUCCUCCUGUUCGCUCGGCACGUUUGACGACCAAGGGAAAGAAGUCCAUCAAGUACGGCCGCGUCGAAGUCGUUGCCAAGACUUCAAAGGGUGAUUGGCUGUGGCCCGCCAUCUGGAUGAUGCCUGAAAACAGCGUAUAUGGUGCCUGGCCCCGCAGUGGAGAAAUCGAUAUUGCUGAAUUCCGUGGCAACGCAUGGCCAUACCCUGAAGGCAACGACUUUGUUUCGUCGACUCUGCAUUGGGGACCCGACUCGAAGCACGAUGGCUACAUCAACACGCACGGCACUUCUUUCUUCCGCCGCGAGACGUUUGCCUCGAGCUUUCACACGUUUGGUCUUGAGUGGACUGAAAAGUACCUAUUCUUGUACCUUGACAGCCGUCUCAAGCAAGUCAUGUACUUCCGGUUCAACCAAGAAAGCAGUUUGUGGAAGAAGGGCGGAUUUGCUGGUGCGACAACGUCCAACGGCACGCUGGUGGAGAACCCAUGGGUCAAGGGCGGCCCGAAUGCGCCAUUCGACGAGAGCUUUUAUCUGAUCCUCAACGUUGCUGUAGGCGCCCAAAACGGCUGGUUCUUUGACGGUGAGGGCAACAAGCCGUGGGUCGAUGGCAGCGACUUUGCCGUCAGGGACUUUUGGAAUGCGAAGGACCAGUGGCUGCCAACCUGGGGCGAGGGCGCCGCACGUGGUAUGACUGUCAAGUCUGUCAAGAUGUGGAAGGCUGGCAACUGCUAG